CUGCCUGCUGCCCGGGGCUCUCGGACCCCUGCCGCCAGCUGUACUACCAGUCCCAGAAUGCUCCGCGCGACGCCGCGAGCCGCCCCAGUUGAAGCGGGUGGCGGCGGAGGGGACCAAAAAAAAAAAACAACAAAAAAACAACAACAACAAAACAAAAAAAAAACCACACCGCAACCCAAAACAAGGAAAUGGUGCAGGGAGGCGGUUCCCGGCGCUGGGGGCGCUGAUCCCGCCGCGCCCCCCUCCCCCAUGGGUGAGCCAUGGACUACGAGUUCAAAUCCAAGCUGGCGGCCGAGCGCGAGCGGGUGGAGGAUCUGUUCGAGUACGAGGGCUGCAAAGUGGGGAGAGGCACCUAUGGGCACGUCUACAAAGCGCGGCGCAAGGACGGAUUCCAGAAGGGCUUCGUGUAUGGACUUCCUGCCUUGGAGGUAGCAGAAUAUUCAGCAGAAGAAAAGAUGAAAAGGAGUAUGCACUGAAGCAAAUUGAAGGUACAGGGAUAUCGAUGUCGGCCUGUAGAGAGAUUGCACUUUUACGAGAAUUGAAGCAUCCCAAUGUGAUUGCAUUACAGAAGGUUUUCCUUUCUCACAGUGAUAGAAAGGUUUGGCUGCUGUUUGAUUAUGCUGAACAUGAUUUGUGGCAUAUUAUCAAGUUUCACCGUGCCUCAAAAGCAAAUAAAAAGCCCAUGCAGUUGCCAAGAUCUAUGGUUAAAUCACUACUUUACCAGAUCCUUGAUGGAAUCCAUUACCUCCAUGCAAACUGGGUGCUUCAUAGGGACCUGAGAAUGCUGCCUUUUCUCAGCUAUGAUGUGAUCAGAAUCCUCCUGGCCUCCAGACAAGUAGAAGCUCAUGUCCUGGUCAAAGUCCAAAACUUUCUUAAACCAGCAAACAUUCUGGUAAUGGGAGAAGGUCCUGAAAGAGGAAGAGUGAAAAUAGCUGACAUGGGUUUUGCAAGAUUGUUCAAUUCACCUCUGAAACCUUUAGCAGAUUUGGAUCCAGUUGUGGUGACGUUCUGGUAUAGAGCUCCAGAACUGUUACUUGGUGCCAGACAUUACACAAAAGCAAUUGAUAUUUGGGCAAUUGGGUGUAUAUUUGCUGAGCUAUUGACUUCAGAACCUAUUUUUCACUGUCGUCAGGAAGACAUCAAAACGAGCAAUCCUUUUCAUCAUGAUCAGCUAGAUCGCAUUUUUAGUGUAAUGGGAUUCCCAGCAGAUAAAGACUGGGAAGAUAUAAGGAAGAUGCCAGAAUAUCCCACACUUCAAAAAGACUUCAGGAGAACAACAUAUGCCAAUAGUAGCCUCAUAAAAUACAUGGAGAAACACAAAGUCAAGCCUGACAGUAAAGUUUUCCUUUUGCUUCAAAAACUUCUUACCAUGGAUCCUACGAAGAGAAUUACCUCAGAGCAGGCUUUGCAGGAUCCCUAUUUCCAGGAGGAUCCAUUGCCUACAUCAGAUGUAUUUGCUGGCUGCCAGAUUCCUUAUCCAAAACGAGAAUUCCUUAAUGAGGAUGAACCUGAAGAGAAAGGAGAAAAGAAUCAGCAGCAACAGAAUCCACAUCAGCAACAAACAGCACCUCAGCAGCAACCGCAAGCAGCACCUCAGCAACAGCAGCAGCAACAGCAAACCAGUACCCAGACAAACGGGACUGCAGGAGGAGGCGGCGCAGGAGGAGGCGGCACUGGGGCAGGACUCCAGCACAGCCAGGACUCCAGCCUCAGUCAGGUGCCUCCAAAUAAGAAACCACGCAUAGGGCCUUCCGGCACUAACUCAGGCGGGCCUGUCAUGCCUUCCGAUUAUCAGCACUCCAGUUCACGCCUCAGUUACCAAAGCAACAUUCAGGGAUCUUCUCAGUCCCAGAGUACAAUGGGCUAUUCCACAUCAUCUCAACAGAGCUCUCAGUAUCAUCAGUCUCAUCAGUCUCAUAGAUACUGAGACCUAAUAGACUGCGCUUAGAAAGGAAUGGACUAAAAGUCAAAAGACUCCAGCAAUAUGAAGUUCCUAACAAUGAGAAGAACCAAAAAUGCAAACUGUGAUACAGAUUUAAAAUUCACAAUUAUAAAAGGAAAACUUUAUUUACUGAAGAUUUUUUUUCAAUGACUCUGUUCCUUCUUUAUUGCCAUAAAAGAGAUUCUUGUGAAGUGCCCCCUCCCUCCCGCGUGCUUCCCUCGCAUGUGUUCCAUUGUGGUAACUCUGAUGAAACCAUCUGAUCUGAACCCAGCACUUAACUUCUUUAACCAUUGGAAUUUUUGAAGGAUUCCUGGUGCACCUUUCUCAUGUUGUAGUGAUUGCCAUAAAUCUAUCUUUUCAAAACUCUUUGAUGGGAUUUUAAAGUUUUAAAAUCUUGAACUCCCAGGCUUUCAAGCUUGUAUAUAAUUAGUUUUAUACUAGGCAAACCAGUUUAGCUAUACAGGUAUAAUGCACCUUUUAAAAGCACUAUGUUUUUUUCACAGGAUAUUACUGUUUUCCUCAUGGAUGUCAAGAACAGCAAAUUUUACUGUUCCAGAGUAUUUUACUAUUCUGUUUAUAUUAGUCUAGUUUUCAGGCGACGUCUUAGGGAAAAAAAACAAAAAAAACCCCAAGUUUCUGCAGCAGCUAAUGUGCUUCAUGGUACUGGACUGUACACCAAACAGAAGAUUGUGAAUGUUUCCUAAAUCUUUCAUAUUGAAUCCCAUACAUAUUAUGACCAUGUUCUGAGUAAUGUUGAAUUAAGCAUUAUUUUAAACUAAAGCAUGAUACUUACAUGAAAAGGAGAUGCUUUCGGAGCACCAUUGGAACAGAGGAAUGGAAUGUAACGGAACGUCUUCUCCAGCUGGGCAUCCAAAAUAGCCAGGAAAAUAUAUUUAGUGCCCUAUGAUCUCAGCAGAAAAGAGAAUGUGGUUGAUGACUUACACUAGUCCUUGUUUAAAAAAACAAAACUAAACAAAACAAAAAAACCCCUCUUCUUUAAUGUGUGUGGGAGUCUAUAUAUCUGGCUUCUCUGAUGCAGUCUCCCUUUGUCAGUUUCCCUGAAUCAAUUAUCUAAAUAUAAAGAUGACAAAAAUUUAAAGGAUUUAUAAAAUAAAAAACAAAUAAUUGUCCAUUUUUAUAUAAAAUUUAAACGUCAAAUUUAAGAGACAUUAUUGUAUGGUUUGAAGAGCAUGUUGAAAAUUGUCUUUGUUUUUCAUGUUUAAUAUGCAAAUUCUUUAUUCUUCACGUUGCUGUGAUUAAUCCAGAUUAGUUGCACCAGAUGCGCUUGGUUGCACUGAAAUGUUUCUUUUUCCCAAGAGCAAACACGUUGUGAUUGUGCCUAAGGACCAUAAGCGGAUGAGUUACUGGCAGUCUAUCCCAGGUAAAUAAUUAGAGCUCACAAGCAUAAUCGGAGGAUCAUUAUCCAAUUUUCGGAGCCACAGUUAUUCAGAGACACGUAACAUAUAAUUUGGAGCAGCUCCAUUUUUCUUCUGUGUUUAGAAAUAAGGCUGAUGAAUCUGAUUGCACUAAAACUGGAAAUACAUUCAUGUACUUUAGAAUGUUCCUCGCUGUAUGAGCAGCACCAGUCUUUUUUAAUUGAUUGCUGGAGAAGAAGUCAAGAAAGGAGCAAAUUAUGUUUAAGCAAUGCAUAUUAUGGACAUUUACACUACACAGUGUGAUAUCAUGUUUAGUUGUGUUCUAUCCUGAAUCCAUGCAAGACUUUAGACAUAACCACUAUACAUUCCACACUAAAAUUGUAAUAGAAACUAGGCAGGUGGUAGAUCUGUUUGCUCUGUUUUUUUGUCCCAGUGAGAGUAAUAAGUAUUUCCAUUGAGAGUGAGCCAGUCACCUUUAAUGCAUUUUUUUCUCUCAAAAAUGUUUUGCUUUUAUGACCAGUUGGAAACCUGCUUUGGCCACACCAGCUGCCACAAGAUUUUGCUCCAAUGACACCAGGCUUCUCUGGAAAGUGACUGAAGAUAGAAUGGGCAAGACGCGAUAAACAUGAAAUGAAGCAAUUUGAAGGAAAAUAUAAAUUAUUAUUAGGACAAAACCAUCUCCUAUUGGAUACUUUCCAUCUUUAUUCUGUGUGAUACUACAUGUCCUGUGCUUCUGAGUAUCUUAGUUGGCAGGAACUGAUUUUAAUUGUUAGUAAAUUUCUUUACCUGCUUGCAACGUAUCUGGGCUCAAGAGAUGCAAGUCCCCACCUCUUAAUGAUGUCAGUGGGAGCCCAUGUCUGCCUGAAGGAGAACUUUGCCCCUGCCCUACAGCAGCAUUAUUGAAUAGUCUUGUGACUGGCUUCCAAUUUUCUGGAUACCAGGUUUCUGACGUGCUGAUCGUUGUCUCCUGUCUUCUUCCUAUCCCUCUGUUCUCUUAAAACACCAUUGGCUAUUGUAACAUAAUUAUCUAAUGUUUGUCCCCCUCCCAUCUCCUCUUAUUCAUUAUCAAAUUAUUGAUGGUGGCAGGGGGACAAAAAUCUGCUUGUAGUUAAGCUAGACUCUUAUAGUGUCAACAAAGCUAAAUCAAUAGUGUAGGUUCAUCGAUGUGUGGAGUGCAAAGAUACAUAGCAUUAUAAUGUGCUUUAAUUCAAUGAGCUUCCAUCCCCUAGAAUGACUGCUAUCACCAUUGUCUAAACUGAAUAGAUAAUUCUGUAUUUGCUAGAUCUAAAUUGCUUGCUGUGCUUUAGCCCCUUGCAGCUUCUAUGCACGUGCAAAGCUGAGCUAACUCCUCCAUUGCCUUCAAAAUAAAAGUAGAAAGGGGAAUAAAUAAAAGCAGUGGUUACUGCUUAAAAAUGUUUACUGUGCACGUUUGCUCGCUUUCUCUCUCUUUGUCAGUUGGUGUUUGGAUAUUUGGCCUUUUCUGGUGAGCUGUGUGUGAAUUUCAGGGUGGAUGGGAGCCAAGGUGAGAGAGAUUUGUUCAGAGGUAAUUUCAUGAGGAAAAAUGCUCUUUGUUUUCAGAGGUUAAUCAUGUAAUAUGUUAUGGGAACCCAGGAUCAUGUAUAUUUUUCCACCUGUGCAGUUUUGGUAAUUGACACUUAUUAUUAUUCACAGUUUUGACCUUACCCAUAACCUCUGUGUGCCCUCAGAAAGGUAUUUCACCCUGGUAACUAGAAAUGGAAAGUGACAUCAGCUUGAUUGUUUUCUCAUUCCUGUUCCCUUGGUGAAACAGUGGACAGUCAAAUACCAUCCUGCAAUGUUUCUCAUCUCAUUUUUGGAGAAGACAGGAGAGUGAGGAAUGGGAUUAGCAGCAAAGUCUACAUUGGUGAAGUUUAUGUAGCACAAACUGCACAAUGAAGGAAGAAUAUUGUGAAAGCUGCGAGUCCUGCACUGUAUUUGUGACACUGUAUCUUUUGGGGGGAGGGGGAGGGAAGAGCAUUCUGAGGGGAGGGUGGGGGUAGCUUGAAGUAUUCAAAUAUGUCUAAUAUUUUAUAUAAACAUAUUAAAGCUUAGUUCCCCUUUGUAAUCUUCAGAAAUGGUACUUAAACACCAUUAAGCAAAGAAUUGUUUUAGGAUUAAAUAAAUGUAUUGUACAUAAGGCCAUAUGUAAUCUUCUACAAGUGUCGCCACACAGGAGCGAUAUGUAUUACUAUACGAAAAAAAAUCCUUAAUGCACUGUUAUCUCCUAAAUAUUUAGUAGUAAAUUAAUACUAUUUAAUUUUUUUAAAAAUCUGUCUUGUGUAGACACUAAAAAGUAUUACACAAAAUGUGGACUGAAGAUGUCCUUUUUAACAGCAAUUUAAAGAACUUUUAUAUAUGUAAUGUAGUACACUUUUCAAUUUGUUCUAGUUUGUAUUCUCCCAUGUUUACUAUUGGUGGAAGUGUGUCUGUUUCUCUUCAGUUUUUUUUAAUAAUUUCAUGCAAGUAUCCUUCAUUUUUGUAGUUUUUAUUAUAGAUUACUGCAUAUGCUCUUCAUGCUGCCACAAAGCUUUGCUGCUUUAGCUCUCUGGUGGCAACAUACAGCAAUACCCAUGCUGAUGGGUUUGCAAAAACACAAAACAAAAUAUAUUUUUCUCAUUCUGGAGCUAAGAGUUUACUGCUUUGAGUUGUCCUCAUGUCGCUCUUGAAAUGACUGUUAAAACUGAACUAUGAGUUCGUUGCAUUUAUUUUAUAUUCCUGGUUGUCAUGAAAUUGAAUUGACUUUGCUUCAGUGUGAAUUUUUUAAUACAAAUAAUAUACAUUUGUAAUAAUAAUAAUAAAAGGUUCAAAUCAAAGAAGUGUGCUGGGAAGUUGUGAACAUCAGACUUUGAAUUACAAAAGAAGCAAAAUGUGUCCUGCAGAGUUGCAACCUGAAAUUGUAUUCAGAUGUUUAUAUCAUAAACCACACAAAACAGAGUUUGUGAAGCCUCCAGUUUGGAAUUAUAGCCUUUUAAAAUACCCAAGAGGGUAUUCGUGUUUUGCAUGUACGGUAAUAGAAUGAAGCUUUAUGGAAAAACAAAACAGGUGGAAUGCUUGGUGUACUCUCUCUAAAGUGAUUUAGCAUGCAGUUUGGCUAUAACUUAUAAAAAUAUAAAACUACCAACCUGGUGAUUUUAUAUAUUUGUCUUCUGGAAAAGUUGUGCAUUUGGAGACUAAGCCCCGUGCUUACCACCUUCCCUACAGCCCUCCCACCUCCAAUCCCAUAUCCAGGCUAUAUUUGAAUAUAAUUCUCCCAAGUGUCUAGGGUGACAACAUGUUAGAUUGGAGAACAUGAGCUAGGGAACUCAGCUCUGUUUUUCAGGUUGAUUUUCUGUGCGUUGUUGGCUUGCAUAUUAUAACUCCACGAGUCAGUUUUUCAGAGAUGGUUGUUAUACUGGCUUUUCCAUAAACUACACCCAUUUUCUCCAUCCCAGCUGUGUGUGAGAGAAUGACUGCCACCCACUUGCUUCUCGACUGACACUAAAACAGAGGCUUGAAUUUCUGUUGUAACUUUAGGACAAGGUAAGAACAUGCUAUACCCAUGUUCACUAAGCUGUUGGCUUCUAGCAGAUAAAGGAUUCUGACUGAUUCUUCCUCCCUGAUGUAUCGAAGGAUUAGGUUUAACAUGAUGCAUGCAUGUUAUCAAAGAGAUUUCUUUGACUUUGUGUCUGCACUGAUGACUUGCAUUUCCAGUGUGUAGUACCUUUCACCUAGAAGGAUCCCAAAACAUUUUCCAGAUGAUAUUUACAAAGUAUAGGAAUCUCUUCACCAAGCAUUCCAAGUGACUGCAACAUGUGUGGUUAUGUUUAUUCCUCUUGAUGAGAGUAGGGCUAGUUAGCCGGUGGGAGUAGACAUGGUUAUAUAAAGGAUUCUCUGCCUACAUAGCACCACUUACUAUGUUUUUUUCCUUUUCUACUUGUACUUGGUGGAGUGCAGCAGCAGCCUUUCGAAAUCCCUGGUACAUUGGAAUGUACAGCAUUGUCUCAGAGAUCAUUCAUCAUUCCCAGCAGUGUGCUUAAGUUGGAUGCCAGCCUUUGAGGUCUGGCAUUCUGUGUCAAAGAGCUAAGUUUAAGACUAAUGAUCUAAAGAAGAAUCAGCCCUGCAGCGUCCAGCCAUUUAUGGGUAAGGGCUGCAAAGACAGUGUUUAAAGCUGAGAAAAGGUCAUGCUAAGAGUUAGCACCAAAGCAUAGGAGAGGCAACAAAAAGUGUCUUAAAGAGAGAAUAUUUGUUGCUGAUUGCAGAGAUACAAGUUCUAAACAUUCUGAACAGAAAAUCUGGCUGAAACUUCAAGGGCAAUAAAUUGUUACCUCAGGUGGUUUUACAAAUAUUGAUGGAGGGGAGUGUGGAAGGCAGUGUUGUCUGGAGGAAUGAGCACAGACUUAGGAGUCAGGGUCCUGCAUUCACACUUUGGCUCUAUUACUGAUUCCAUGUUGCCUUAAAGUCACUUCUCCUUUCUAUCUCCCUUCUAUCCUUUCUCAUUUAUAAAAUGGGGAUUAAAGGUAUCUCACCCACAGUAGGUUUGUGGAUUAGUUAGUUUCUGUAUGGUACUUUGAAAAUGUACAGCACUACAGAAAUGCUAGGUAUUAUUAACUCUGUUUAGAUAAACUCAGAAGUUUAGCAUUGUUCCAGAGGCCAACAAAGGAUAACGUUGAUCUGAAAUACUACUUAAUAGACAUUGGUUUUUCGUGCAAGUGAACUUCAUGCCCUUCUUUUCCAACACAGAGCAAUGUAUGGUCAGCAAAUGUGAUUCGUUUUUACAUUUUUUUAAUAUUCAGAAAGAAAAAUAUUUUAUUGUUGCAUCAAGACUCUGUAGGGAUUGAUUUUUUCGUUAAUGAAUUAAAUAUUUUUAGUGCAACAAUUUUAGUGAUUGAAACAACUGACAUUGUUGUAAAGGAUUUGAGUAACGGGAGUUUAGAUACAAUCAGGCUGUUAAAAUACUGUGCUAUUCCCAGAAUUCUUCUGCAACAUAAUAUCCACAGUAAAUGUUUUUAAAAGUCAUAAUCCCUCAUUCUGACAACAUUUAAAAUCGGACGGUUAUUGCCAGCAUACAGAAUAUCUUUAUUUAACAUAAUUGUCUAAAAACACUAUCACAGGAUCAGUAUCUCUGGCUUUGAAAAUAAACAUCCUGGCAUGCAUGUGCAGUAUUUGUGAGAAAGCAUUAUAUGUGAGAUUGUGUUCUUUGGAGUUGCUUAAAUAGGAUGCAGAAUUUGGAAGAAAGUAUAAAUUGCAUACUUUUAUUAUGUGCAUUCACAACAUGUGGCUAAAAAUGUUGUCUUCUCUUGUCUGUGAAUGAUAUAAGGCAGCAAAGCAUUCCCGGGGUUAUGUUUCCUUUAGGCGCCAUUCCAUAUCAGUGCAUUUUAGAUAUAUUUUAAAACAAAAUGAGUCAAAUUGAUGCCUGAAAUCAAUUGUUAAACAAGGGCUCUAUUUGCCCCAGUAACAUCACUGCAAAAUUGGAGUCAUGCUGUGUGGAUGUAAAUCUAAACUAGCAGUGAAAGUUAUUAAAACAAAUUAGCUAGGGACUCUUCUCUCAUUUUUAAAUGCGAUUUUUUGAAUCAGUAGUUUAAAAAAACCCUCCGAUUUCUUCUGUUGGAAGACACAGAACCUAUUAUAUGAAAUGUAAUCAUAAUGAUAUGUUCUAUACUCUUUCCAUCCCACAAGAAACUGAGAAUACAACCAUAGGUAAUGUAUACAUGCAGGGACCAGAACAAUGGGGCCCCAAUCUUGAUUGAGGCACUCUGUGUGAUACAGUAAUGGAAAUAACCAAUGUCAUCAGACUUUUCCAGCCUAAGUUUUUUAAAAAAAACAACCCAAAAUCUAGGUCACUUUGCAUAAAGCAACAAUUCAACACUGAGAGGAUGCACACUAUGUUGUAAAGUAGCCUCGUUAAUUAACCUGAAAAUUACUUCAGCAGGGGAACUUUCAAACUGACAGAGCCAUUACAAAUGUAAACCUUUAGAAGGAAAAGAAUGUGGAAAAGGCAGGAAGGGCACAUGAGAUAUGUAAAAUUAGUGCUUAGUUGUACACUUUACAGUGAUAUUACUACACUGCCUCACACACUGGCUAUUACUGAUAGCUUCUUGGUCUCUGAUGCAUAGAGCUUCAGUGAGAGUCCUAAGGCAUAUUCAAGGGCAGCAUUGCAAGAAAUGUUUUAAAUAAUUAUAAUUAAUCUCUUUAGAACAUACUUCUACAUGUUAACAAAUAGGGUCUCUUGCUUUCUUUGGGAUGUUAAACAACAGAUGGAAAUGGAGUAUGGAUUCUGUUGAUUUUUAUUAGUGAAUGCAAUGCUAAUGAUGGGCUAGAUUAAUAGCCUUGGAGUCUGACUUUCUUCUUUUAUCUACAGAAUAGGCAACAGUACAAACUUCCACAUACCAUAUGGUCAGGCUGAUACAACCCUGUUCUGGAGGGAUGACCUCUAAGGAUGAGAGGUUGUUCAGGCUCUGUGAUCAUUCAAUCCUAAGUUUGCCAGCAAAGUUACAUAUGUGGUGUGGACACAAUCAUUAGGUUAUCAGCUCAUUUCAUAUAAGCCACAGAAAAGCCAUCAGAUAGGUUUUAACAAAAAAUCACUCCUUAUUAAAGACAGAGACCUGGAGGUGAAAAGGUUCAAAAUUCCACUACCAACACCAUGUGACCAUCCCAGUCUGCUGAGUAGCGAUGUGAGACAUUCAGAAAUUCUCAGAGCUUGUCAUUGUUACUAGUGCUACACAACAUAAGCACUCUUACUAGUUUUUCACCAGUUUUCAAAAAUGAUAUAAAAGUACGUAAAUUCCUAGGGUAUAAUGAAAUCUCUCCCAGUUAUUUCUAUUUCCAACUAUGUAUCCAGCAUGUAUUUUAAUUGUGUUAAUGGGGUCUGGUAGUGAUACACAAGGAAAAGCAAAGCUUUGAAUAAUUUGUCAUCUGAACUCAGUGUCACUCAUUAACGGGGAGACAUCAAAAGAAAUCAGGCUUUUUCCCUUGGCUGCCCUGAUGCUUGUGCUGGCAUUGCUUCUGCUGCAGCUGAUUACAGGUCUUAUCAGACCAUUGCCUUAUGAAAUAACUAAUUCUUUUUGAAAACAAUUGAGGUUAAGUGGGAAAUGUUUAUUUUCUUCCAGAUGUAGCAUCACAACUGUAAAAUGUACAAAGGUAAAAGUGUGCAGUUUAACCUAAUAGCCAACAACCCACUAUGGGGCAAAUUAUGCUCAUUUAGCAGAAAGAAUUCAUCUCCCGAUUAUGGAUUGACUUACCAAUGGCAAAAAGGUUGCAGACAUUGGUAUCUGAUUCUACUACCAUAAAUGCAUGAAUAUCUGCAUAGAGUUAGGGGUUUCAAAAUGCUGUUCUCUGCUAUCUUGACCAUAUCUGUUUACAUCCUUCUGCGUUUGGGGGGGAGCUCGUCAUGUCUCAUAAACAUAGAAAUGAUUCCCCAUCACUUCAGUUAAAAUAGGAAAUUGUACAAACAUUCCAAUGUGAAUAUACCUGUUGGGACAUACGUUGGGUUGCCAUUAAAUAGUGCUGUUAAUAUAGGGAAUAUUAAAAAAAAAAUCUUUGUAACAAUCCUG